AUGUGCGCCGCCCCUGCCCUUGCCAUUUGGCUCCUUUCAGUGGCGAUCAUUUUGUCAAUCGUGGCUGUGUCGCUGUCGUCCUGGUCGACUUCGUCGAGACAAAACAACGACUUCAAUGCUGGCGUGUGGGGCUUCUGCGUCGACGUGGCGCGGCCCUCGUCCACCGAGAUGGAUGCCCCGCCCCCCGGCAUCGUGAACAAGUGCUUUCCGUUCCACACGGCGUCGGACGGGAUUGUCGUGAGCAAAACGCUAUAUGUCGAGGCCACGGACAGCAUUUGCUCGUUGGACCGAAGCGGGCACACGUUUCGCAACUUAGUGGCGCUCACACCGAACCCCAGCGACACGCGAGUGUACAUUGAGCAAUCGUGCGGCAGCUUGGGCUGGGCCAGCCUGAUUUUGGCGGCCAUGGUGCCAGGAUGGGCGGCGAUUGCGCUUAUUCUCCUGGCCUGGUUUUACUUUACCGACUACUACCGCACGCGAUGGUACUUGCUGGUGUCGGCCGCCGUGCUUACCACGUUUGCGUUUGCCAGCUCCAUUGCGUCGUUCAUUAUUUGGUCGGUGCAAACUCCGGCGGUGGCGUCGUUUGCCGGGGGGUAUUGGGUGGAAUUGGCGGCGGCGGUCGUGCUCCUGAUUACGCUCCCCGUCACGAUCGUUGCCUGCCGCAAGCUAGUGGACAUCAAUCAACCGCAUUUCUAUGACAGCGGGCGCCGGGAUGCGACGAUGGGCACGUAUGAGCACCAUCUAGCUUCCCCCCGUGACAACACUGUCGAGGUCAAGUGA